AAUUUAUUAUUGUCUUGUACUCCUUCCAGCGAUCACGGUAGUUCUUUACCCUAGGUUUUGCUGCACAUAGUUCCAGCUCUGUCAGACCUGCGUGAUGUUGCUGCGAUCGGCACAGCGCUAUUCCUUCCUGGAACGCUGAUCUAGCAACUAAUUACGAUGUGGAACGUUCUGGUGUGGGGUUGACAGUGCAUGACCUGCCCGUGACCGGACCAACACUGAAGUAGACGUUUAGAAAUCGCUUACUCGUUUGAGGCCGGUAUGCCAGACAAGAAUCAUCAGGAGGAAGCAGCUGUUCUUUUACAAAACAUUGAUGGUCCUUGUGAUUUGAAUAGUCCGGCAGGUAUAUAUCCAGCUUUUGAAUUGUCCCAACAUGCCUGCCACGAUCUAGCUGCUAGUGCUAGUGCUGCUUCACCUCACAAUCAAGAGCUGAACAAUAGUUCUAGUCGUGGUGACGUUUCGGUAGAGGAUUGCAGAUCCUCCGAGACAGCUUGUAGCAUGGAUGAUGUCUUGAGGAGCUACACACCAUUCAGCUUCUACCAGAAACAACUGGUGUUGGUUUGUGCAGUUGUAGUGUUGGCAGGAGCACCGCAAGCUGCCAUUUUAGUCUUCAUAGGGGAUCGGCCGGUUUGGUCGUGCCAGCAACAGGAUCAACACGAGUAUAAUGUUACUUCUUCUGGUGGCCAUGGGGCGAGUGCAAACCGUGGGAUUGAUGCAUCUCAAACAGCAACAGCAGCACUCUCAGCGGAGCGCGAUGGAUUGAGUGAAGAGCAACGCUGUGCUUUAGUUAGGAGGCGCAAAUGCACGCCACUCUACGUCAACGUCCACGCCAAGGCUAGUGCCGAAUUCAAUUUGAUCUGCGAGAAGUCCUCAGAAGCAAACUACGCCCAGUCUUCGUUCUUUGUUGGUAUGCUUCUGGGCAGUUGUCUUACCGGAUGGUUAUCGGAUAAAUACGGCCGGCGUACAGCGGUGUUAGUAGCACAGUGUGUCUCGCUGCUAGCGUCUCUCUGGACAUGGCAAUCCACAUCAUUCCUGUCAUUCACUGCUUCAAGGUGUCUAUCAGGUGUCGGCCUACAGAUAUUGAUAGCUCCGCUCUUCGUGCUGGUCAGUGAAUCAGUCGCUCCAGACUAUCGUGCCUUUGUCACUACGUUACCAUCCUGUGUGUUUGGUCUGGGUUUCACCUUGCUGGCUCCUCUUGCCUAUCUCACCCGUCAUAGCUGGAGAUCACUGAUGGCUGUAUGUACUGGAUCGGUGCUUGUCGGGCUUUUCUGCUCCUGGCUAUGGGCAACUGAAUCACCGUAUUGGCUGCUGCACAAUGGGCGGCACGAUCGUGUAAAGGCUACUAUUUCCAGAUGGGCAAGAAGUUCAUCUCGGCCCAUUCCUGAUUCUGUGCUGGCAUCACUGACAGUACCUAGGGAGAAAGAUUCAUCAUCAUCAUCAUCAUCACCAUCACCUGUUGGCGGUGCUGAGGCAACAUCUUUACUGCCGUUCCUGUCUAAAGGUCUGCGUCACUUGACACUGACAUUAUUCUGUGCCUGGUUUACAACGUGUCUGGUGUACUACGGUCUGGCUCUGAACACACACGGCGUCGGCAGCAACAAGUAUAUCAGCUUCUUCAUUCUGUCAGCAAUUGAGAUUCCCGCCUUGAUUGGCGUGGUCAUCAUCCUCCGCUACGCCGGUCGACGUCCGACAAUGUUCUGGUCCACGCUAGUCACUGGUAUAGUUGUGAGUCUGUCAGCAUUCAUAGCAUGGUUGAAUAGUGUACCUUCAACUGCAACAUCAGCAGAGCUAGCGGAGAAUGGCGAGAGUACGAUGCCCGUCUCGACAAGCCAUGCUAGUCUUGAGAACGCUCAGCUCGCUAUUGUGAUGUGUGGCAAGUUCUCCACUGCUGCUGCUUUCUCCGUCGUCUACACUUACACACCAGAACUUUUACCCACAGCUAUCAGAACUAGCGGCCUAGGAAUGUGUGUGACUGUUUCACGAUUUGGUGCUAUUGUGUCACCGUUCGUCAUUAAUCUGGGUAGUUCAACACCACCCCUCCCCUACAUACUAUUUGCAAUCCUAUCCUUUCUGACAUGUACGGGUAUGCUCUGGUGGCCGGAGACUAAGAAUCGAGACCUACCCGACACUCUUCAAGACUUGCGACAACGACUGAAGAGAGUCUGAUCACAUGAUUUGGUCAUGUGACUGGUCUGAUCACAUGAUCACAUGCACUGACAGCAUGCCCUGAUCCAUGUUGUAGCUGCUGCACAUCCAGGCAUACUGGAUCAUCAUUGGAUACACUGAUCCAGUGCAUCAGUACUGGUAUGGCACUGAGCAGUAUUCCGCUGGUGUUGUGUUGGACCUGGAGUACAGGGGCGUGCACACUGAGCUGCACCAGCGAGUAGCACAAUACGGUGUUGUACCGGGAAAUAGUACAAUACGGUGUUGUAGCACUCCCUGGUGAGCACUACGCCAUGAUCCAUAUCAUCAUGUGCUAGCUGUCAGAACAGACACGCUAUGCUAUGCUCAGUGUGGCUCUAAGUCAGAUGGGUACAUGCCCAACUCACUGUGCACAUAAGUAAGUGCUGCAGUAUCAUAAUAUCUUAUUACUUGAAGUUAUCAGACUACAUAAACUGCUGGUAUCGAGACUGCAUAUGCUAUCUACAUGUACACAUUAUUAUAGCAAUGAUGGCCCAGGGAGUAUGAUGGCCCAGGGAGUAUGAUGGCCCAGGGAGUAUGAUGGCCCAGGGAGUAUGAUGGCCAAGGGAGACCUGUUAACUUAUUUACACUGCGUAUGCAUCACAGCCUGUCCUAUUUUCGAUGGCAAGAAAACUUGAAAUGUUGCUAGGACCAGCAGGCUUGCCUUCUGAUCACCAAUUGCUGGGCCGCGUCAGCCUAUUUUUCACCCACAGUAUAAUUACAAGUAUAUUGUAUUUUGCAGUAUGGUUUAUCUGAAUUGUUGUGCCACUUUCCAUUGCUACUUGAUUGGCAUUCCUGUUGGAUCUUUCA